AUGGGAAUUUGUGGCUAUUUGGCGGUGCCUGGGAAAUGCCUUGUCGUCCUCGGACUUAAAUUGUUAUUCCUUGUACCUGCAGGAGUUCCAGCCAGAAGCGGGGAUCCUGUAUUAAAGGACAACAUCACCGUCAGACAGGGAGACAGCGCCGUCUUAAAAUGCAAUGUGGACAGCAAAGUAUCGCGAGUGGCGUGGCUCAAUCGUACCACCAUUCUAUUCGCAGGACCUGACAAGUGGUCUCUAGAUCCUCGCGUCAUCCUGAUGGCAAACACAGCAGUCACAGAGUACAGCAUCAUGAUCCAAAAUGUCGACGUCCACGAUGAGGGGCCCUACGUCUGCUCCAUCCUCACAAACAAGAAACCAAAAUCCACAAAAGUGCAUCUCAUUGUUCAAGUACCUGCCAGGAUCACUAACAUAUCGAAGGACAUCGCAGUGAACGAGGGCAGCAACGUCAAUCUCAUGUGUCUGGCAGUCGGUCGACCUGAGGCUAACAUCAUAUGGAAGCAUCAUUCACCAAGAGGCACCCAUAAAUUUGUGACGGAGGGGGAACAUCUGGAGCUGACAGGCGUCACCAAAGAGCAGUCAGGAGCGUAUGAGUGCAUUGCUUCUAAUGAUAUCUCAACCCCUGAUGUCAGGACAGUGCAAGUCACCAUCAACUAUCCUCCUUUCAUUUCUAAGGCGAGGAGUACGGGUACUGCAAUCGGACAAAAAGGAGUCCUGCAGUGUGAAGCCUCUGCUGUCCCGAGGGCGGAUUUUGAGUGGUACAAAGAAGACCGCAGGCUCUUCAAUGGAAUAAAUGGGGUUAAGAUAGAGAAUCAAGGCAAACAGUCCAUGCUCGUCUUUUUCAACGUCUCGGAAGAAGACUAUGGGAACUACACGUGUGUUGCUAUGAACACCAUGGGAAUCACUAAUGCCAGCAUAAUCCUUUAUGGUCCCGGUGCCAUGCACAGUGUCAAUGGGGCGGCUGUAUUGCCCCGUUGCUCUGUAUGCCUCCUGCUGACGGUCACCUUACUCUGCUACCUGCUGAAGUUCUGAUG